CCACCUUGUUCGUCCUCCCAUCCCCAUUCUAUUCCCAUUCUCGCCUCUUGCGGUCUUCCCCACCGAGAAACCUCGCCUCCGCCGCCCGCACCACAAGCACCGAUGACGUCGCCGGCGGCGCUGCCUGGGAAUCUUCCGGAUGGAAUCUUCGAGGACAUCCUCCUCCGAAUCCCGCCGGACCAGACCGCGUUCCUCGCUCGCGUCUCCACCGUCUGCAAGGGAUGGCGCAAUCUCCUCCUCGACCCCCGCUUCCGCCACCGCUACGCCACGUUCCACGGGAGGACACGACCCAUGCUAGGCUUCAUCUAUCCCGACGAUGAAGUAGAAGUCAUCCCGCGCUUCGUCCCCACCACAGCACUCGCCCCGCCUCGUCCUGGCCGACGCGGCUUGUACACGGUCGACGCCCACCACGGCAACGUCCUCUUCUGCGACGAAGGAGUUGUUUGGGAGGAUCCUUCCGCGCACCGUGAAUUCGUCGUCUGGGACCCCAUAACGCGCUCAGAGUGGACAGUUCCUAUGCCCGAAUCAUCGGGCAGAAGCUGGACCGCCGCAGUGCACUGUGGCGCGGCCGGUUGUGAACACCUUGACUGCCAUGGCCAUCCCUUUCUCGUGGCCUACGUGUACAUCGACGAUGACAAGGUUAACUUCUCCGCCCGCGUCUACUCAUCGGAGGCUGCUGCCUGGAGCGGCAAGAACUCUGCUGAGCACCGUCAUGCGCAAAUUGGUCAGGAGGCCUUCGUCAACAACAUAUUUGAUCCAUACAAGGUCCUUGUGGGAAAUGUUCUCUACUUUAACCUCGAUAUCCACGAGAUGAUAAUACAGUAUGAUUUGGCCAGCCGGGAACUAUCGAUGAUCGAUCCGCCAGACGUGAACACUGGGGAUAUUCUCCUCAUGACAGCGGAGCACGGCGGACUGGGAUUUGCCGUCAGGCGGCAGCAGGGCUCCAGCAUCGAACUAUGGUCGAUGGAAGUUGAUGCCCACCAGGGCGUAGAAUGGGUACAAAGCAGAGUCAUCAAUCUCGAGACUCUUCUCCCCCUUAGUGCCCUAUCCAGAAGGACCAGAAUCGUUAUGAUUGGCUUUGCGGAGGGAGUCGGUCUCAUUCUCAUAUCAACAGAAUUCGGCGUCUUCACACUUGAGCUCAAGUCAGGCCAAGUCAGGAAAGUGUGCAGUUCGGAAAUGAUCCGUGGCCACGUCAUUCCGUACAUGAGCUUUUACCAUCCAGGCCAUGCUAGGGGCAUACUGCCGCCAGACCACGAAGAUGCAGCGGUCCAUCCACCAACAUGAAUCCAGAAAUCCACUGUUAUGGCUUCUUGCGCGAGGGAACGAAAGUGCCGUGCUUACAUGUGUUUGACAUAGCAUGACAGUGGAGUUUUGGUAGACAGCUUUAGGAUGUGUUACUUUACUGCCGUUCUUAGUUUAGCCGUUCAGGCUUUACGAUACUUUGUUUUUGUCAGCUUGAAACAAGAACCGAGAAUGCUCCCUUUUGUCUAAAAAAUAUCUCUGCUGAAGAAAAUGAAUAUGGAACUGAAGUACUGCAAUUUCAUAUGCU